AAGUCUUCCAGGUGGGCCCAUUUUCUUCAAAUUUACGGCCGUUUUUCGACCGACCACGUCGGCGCCGUCGUUAGCGACGCCGACGCCCGGCCGGGUGGAAUCAGCCCUCCGAGGGCAAAAUGGCGGAAUCCGCGCUCCAAUUGCGCGCGUACGACCCUGAGGCGAUGGCGUGGACCACGGUCCCCACCACCGGUGACGCAAAUUCGACGGUUUUUCCGAAAAUUCGGAGUCAAGCUUUACUUCAAGCGGCCGAACGCCGCUCCCAGGACAAAGCCAAGAUGACGGCGUCCAACGCCGCCCCGGCCGCCGGCUCAUCGGUCGGAAACAUGAACGCUCCCGCGACGCGCGCCACGGGACGCAAGGGCAAGGCGUUCACGAAGUGGAAGCCGCGCCCAAUGAUCAAACCUGCUCCCGAAGACUACGUUAUAGUCAUCAAGCCCAGAGAACGUGUUUCUCUUCACGAGGUGUUCACGGAAACCGGCUAUGGCACCGCCAUCUCGGCGUACCUCGGGCCGGAACGGGCCCGCGCCACCUCCGUUCUGCCAUCGCGAGACCAAAACAUCAUCAUCGUGCAUACCCCGGACGACAUCGAGGCGGCCGACCGGCUCAUCGGGAACUUUGCAGUGAAUACCCAGAAGGGAUCGGUCCCACUUCAAGGUUACUUGAGACAAGACGGCGGCAACACGUGCCACGGAGUGAUCGCGGUCCGUAACACGGACACCACGGAAACUCUUCAACACCGAGUGUGCUGGCGUGCCGGCACCAUCGUGGAAAUCCGAAAAUUUGGAACAUCCAACAAGGCACGCAUCACCUUCGCGGGUAAGGAGAAGCCCCGUUACGUGCAUUAUGACAACAUGGUCGUCUCUGUGCAAAACUAUUACAAAACUAUACCCGCCUGCGGCCAGUGUGGGGCCGUUGGGCACCGCGCGGAUGCAUGUCCAAACCUGCAGCCGAACACGUGUGGACUCUGCGGACUCCAUGCUCCGCUAGUGGAGGGAGUGCGGGCCCCUCACAACUGUGUUCCCCGUUGUUCUGUGUGCGGUGGUGCCCAUGCCACCAACUCUCGCGACUGUGCGGCAAAAUUCCGCACACCCAAGAUGGCCGCCAAAAAGAGCGGGAAACAGAAAAUGACGCCCAAGAACAAAAGCCGCCAUCUUGGGCAACCAAGCGACCAGCCGCCACCACACGGCGGCCUGGAGAAACGAGCGGCGGAGACGCACGGCAAAACCGGGGCCUGGGUCAAUGCCGUCAAAAACGGACGCCAGGUGAGCAAUUCGGGCGGGGCUGCUUCUUCCCCCCCUCUUACUCCCCUCCCAAGCGCGCGGAGCGCCGAGCAAGAUCAAAUAGCAGCACUCAGGGCCCAAAACGAGAUGCUGCUAAAAAAAAUUUACGAAUUAAAAUCCAAAAUCAACCAGCCUCUUUCUCCUCCCUCCCUCCCUCCCCGCGACUGA